AUGGUUUCUCUCAUGCAACUUGUAUGCAUCAGUGGUUUGGUGCUUGUUUCCUUUGUUGUCCAUAGCAAACAACAACCAGUAUCGGGUGCAUCGUCGGACGAAGAGUUCCACUUAGAAAAACGUCUUAUCGAUGGGCAUUCCCGCACAUCGAUUCCACUCUUUCGUGGAUCAAACUUAGGUAUCUUCGUACGUAAACGUCCACAAACGNUUUUGCGCUACACGCUAAUAACCAAUGAGAAAAAGCGAUGGAUCAUGAGCCAAUCCCUGAUUAGUGACAAGAAAAAUGAUCAUGAUCAACAUCUUUCUUCGUACCAACCCAUUUUUCAUCAAUAA